AUGGCUGCGGAGAGGUCGAUGAUUACUCUCGGAGGUAAAGGAUCAUCCUUUUCUUCUUCCUCUGUUUACAAGAUCGCUUCAGGCGCCUCUAACGUAAGCAUCGAUUCUUCUGCGAUAGAGAGACUCUCCACCAAACCCCUUCCUUUGAUCAAAAGAAGCUCCUUCUUUGGUAUCCUCGCUGAAGAGUUAACGAAGGAAGAGAAACGAGCUUCUCUGGUUGUGCUCUUAAACAAGCUUCUUUUGUCAAACUCCUCCGGUUCGGUUCGGUCUGUUCUUCCGGUUAAGAUACUGGAGAUUCUGAAUUCAAAGGAUGAUGAGACGUUCGAGUUUGGUGACGUGGAGGUGACGGAAGAGGAGAGUGUUGUGUUGGAGAAGUCUUGUGCUUCUUUGGUUGGAAUAUGUUCAGUAAUAGAUCACAAAGCGACGGCUUUGUCUCAGAUUGUUGACUCUGUUGCUGCCUUGAGUGUUGAGGCUACGAAAGGUGAUAUCACUUCGUUUAGUUCGUUGGAUUCUGGAGAUGGGUUCGGUAAUAAAGAUGCCAUCAGUGUUGCUAAUGAUCUCAAGGUGUUGUUAAAUGGGUCUAAAGCUGUUGGGAAAGUUGGGGUUGAAGAGGUUUCUAAGAUUCCGAGGAUUCAUGGGAAGUUUAGAGACGUGGUGAGGAGUGUUCACUCGGAUGCUCGGGUUGAGUUGAAUUCAGCUGUUAAAGGAGUUGUUGGAAUUGGUGAGUCUUUAGGAGCAACAUUGUCAGCUUUGUGUGUACCGAUUAAAAACUUGGGUGAAUGUUCGUUCAAACGUGCUAAACUUUGUGUUGUUUCCAUUGUAAAUGAUAAUCUGAGGGAACACUUGUUGGAAGAGAGUUGUGCUGAGUUUGAGAAUCUGAAGAGUGGUCUUAAGUUAGCUCUCGUUGAAGAGGAUCCUUGCAGAUUAGCUCAUAUGUUGAAUGAGUCUCUGAGCGUUGUGUGGAGAAUCGUUGGUUUGGAAGCAGCUUCUGCAUAUUUUGCACUUGCUGAGUUAAAGAGCCUCUUAGGGAAGGGGACAAGCCUCAUUAUCCAGUUUAUCAAAGAUAGAUUGGUGAGUGACCAGAUUGUGGAUCAGAUCUUAAAUCUUUUUAAUCCUGAGGGUCAGGAUUUUGAUUGCUUAUUGGCUAAAGUGAAAGAGAUUGUAGAAAGUAACGAAAACAGGAGACUUCCCAAACUUCCAAAGGGUACUCGAGAUUUUUCUCAAAAAAAGAUGAUAAUCCGAGAAAAUACAUUUUCAACCAUACAAAGUGUUUUCAAGAAACACGGUGCAACAGCACUUGACACUCCUGUCUUUGAGCUAAGAGAGAUGCUUAUGGGAAAGUAUGGAGAGGACUCAAAGCUGAUAUACGAUAUUGCUGAUCAGGGUGGAGAGUUAUGCUCUUUAAGAUACGAUUUAACUGUUCCGUUCGCACGGCACUGUGCUAUGAAUGGUAUCACAUCAUUCAAAAAAUACCAAAUAGGUAAAGUGUACAGAAGAGAUAAUCCAUCUCACGGGAGGUACAGAGAGUUUUACCAGUGUGAUUUCGACAUCGCUGGUUUGUCUGAACGAAUGGGACCUGAUUUUGAAGUUGUCAAGAUUUUAACUGAGCUCCUUGAUAAAUUGGAUAUUGGAGACUAUGUGGUGAAACUGAACCAUAGAAAGUUGCUAGAUGGAAUGCUGGAGAUAUGUGGAGUACCAGCUGAGAAAUUCAGAACCAUUUGUUCGAGUAUCGAUAAGUUAGACAAGCAAUCACGAGAGCAAGUGAAGAAAGAAAUGGUGGAGGAGAAGGGUUUGUCAUCAGAGGUUGCAGACAGAAUCCGGAGCUUUGUCGACAUGAAAGGAGCUCCUAUGGAGCUACUGUCUAAACUGAGAGAAGAAGGGAGUGAGUUUUUAGGUAACAAGUCAGCAAAUGAAGCUCUUGAUGAGUUGGGUAUAAUGUUUGAAGCGCUUGAGAGAUCAAAGUGCAUUCAAAAAGUGAUCUUUGAUCUGAGUCUAGCUAGAGGUCUUGAUUAUUACACGGGAGUCAUCUUUGAAGCCGUUCUGCGUAGAGAAGCUGCUGAGGAUGAGGAAAUGUCCGACAACUUGCAGGUUGGAUCAAUUGCUGCAGGUGGUCGAUACGAUAACCUUAUAGGAAUAUUUGGAAAAAAGCAAGUCCCUGCGGUUGGUAUGAGUUUGGGGAUCGAGAGAGUGUUUAACAUAAUGGAAAAUAAACAAAAUCUACUGGAAGAGGAACCAAAACGAGUUGUUCUAUCUACAGAGACGCAAGUUUUGGUUAGUGUAAUGGAGGAUAAUAAGCUAGGGGUAGCUGCAGAACUGGUUAGUGAGUUAUGGGAAGCUGGUAUUACUGCAGAGUAUCUUGUGACCAAAAGGAGAGGAAAGCAUUUUGAUCGUGCUCGUAGCGCGGGUUGUGAGAUUCCUUGGAUGGUGAUCGUAGGCAAGAAAGAACUCAGUGAAGGUGUUAAUGUGACACUGAGGAAGAUGGACGAGGGAAGUGAGGAGAGUGUUCCUAGAGACCGUUUCGUUGCUAAACUGUUGGAACGUCUUUGA